AUGAAUAUUCUCUUGGAAAGCUUUGUACGAAGUGUGCGAAUUUGCUCAGGAUCAUUCUACCUUUUAUUUAUCCUAAUAUCGAUCCCAAUUUCAUUUAAUAUAGGUGGCCAAUAUUGUGGUUUAUCAUUUACUGUUACACUGUUCAAUUUAUAUUUCAUAUCUACAACAUUACAUUUUCUAGCUAAAAAAUGGGCUAGCAAAUUAUUCGUUUUCCUAUCAUUCAUACUUUACUAUUGUCAGCAUCUAAUUAUUGCAUCAUUAUUAUACUUAUUUUUAUCCGGAUUUUCUAAUAACGACCUUGAGAAUAUGAUUAGAGAAAGCACUAAACCAACAGAAUCUAAUUGGGUAAUAUACUAUUAUUAUUUUAAGUUUUUCGUUAAACCAUGGCAAAUUUCGUUAUCAUUUUGUUCUCCAUUCUUUACAAUGUCUGAAGGAUUUUUCACCAUUUUAGCCAUUCAAGCUAUUGGUGAAACAAAUAAAUGGUUAUCAAAUGAAAAGAAAUCAAAUACUUGGAUCAUAUCUUCUCUAUUGGCAUCUGGUGGUGUCAUCACAACAGCACUAUAUUACCUUUACCGUAUCUAUGUUACACCAAUUUGGAAUCUAUCUGUUCAAACAGCAACAUUAUUAGGAUUUGUGCUGUCGUUGGUUGGAUCUUUGGGAAUAUAUGGUAUAGUAUCUGAAAAGGGCUCUGUUGUUGAAAGUUCUUUGUUUUUUGCAUAUAUUGUAAGGUGUAUCUAUGAGAUCUCUCCACAAUUGGCUACAAGUGCUACUGAUGAAAUAUUUGCAAUGUUUAGAGAAGUUUGGCAAGCACGCCAAAACUCCUUCCCAAUUAAGGAUGAUUUGAUAUUUUAUUACAGCGGAAAUAUAUUAGUAAAUGCUCAGGCAAUGUGGAAGUUAUUUAAAGUAAAAACAUUGGCUUCUCCUUAUUAUCUAAAUUUCACUUUCUUUUCACUAACAAAUAUCAAAAAUGCGUUCCAACCAUUAUGGAAAUUCUUUAAAAAUUUUACAAUUAGCGUACCGUCAUCAAUUACUGAACUAUUCUGGAUCAUAGUCGAUAUGGCAUCCGAAUCUGUGUCACCUGCUGUCGUCAUUAACCUAUGUUUUAGAAUUCUGAUAUUCUACUCUGCUACCAGAAUUAUUCCAGCGUUACAAAGGAAAAAUUCAAGAGAAAGAAGAAGAAGUCGCCGUCUAAUGAGAUUAUUAUAUUGGUACAGUCCAUGUGUGCUCAUUGCAAUGUAUACACACUUAAUAUUGCAAUAUUCUGGAGAAUCGAAGUACGAUAUGUGUAUAUGGGGUUGUAAUUCUAAGUGGAUUCCAGCAUCAUUAAGGAAACCGAAAUCUGAACAAAUUAUAGUGAAUUCAUGGGGGUUCUGGAACUGGUGUAACAUAUUCUGGACAAUUUUAAUAUACAGUAAUGAGCUAAUAGGAAAUACAGUUCCCUCAAAUAAUAAUGAACUAUGA